CCGUUUUAUUGAAAAAGUUGUUACUGUGUGCGUGUUCUUCUCCGCGGCUUUCUCUUGUUGCACUUUUCGUUGAUUCGCGCACUUGUUGCCAGACGUGCAGACAAUAGGCUGGAAUUACAUCUGCAAUGGACUUCACACCUUUGCCAACACCGCCAUUAGUCUCCCUUUUCAUUCGCUGAUGGCUGAUUUACAUUUGCGACCAAAUAGCAUCUUUACUGCUGUUUACCAUGAGAUUGAGCGGGCAGGAGGAGUGGGGGGGUGUCAUAUUAGAUAUAAAUAAGUGCCACCUUCCAGGCGACCUGCAUGCACUCACUGCAAAGACGCCGCCUGGUUCGGACUUUAAACGCGGAGAAAAAAAAAGAUGUUCAUGAUUGUAAUCGCGGUGGCCGCCUUGGCGUGCUCGACCCGGGCAAGACCCCCCGCUUUCAACUACCUGGAAGACCCCUACGCCGCCGAGAACGAGUCAGAGGAGGUCCGCUCGGCCGCCAUCAAAAGGCUGCUGGAGGUGUUCGGCAUGGAAGACCCACCCGCCAUCCACGGGCGCAUGCAGCCCCCCCAAUACAUGCUGGACCUGUACAAUACGGUGGCGGACGUGGACGGGGUGACCAAGGACCCUUACCUGCUAGAAGGCAACACAGUGCGCAGCUUCUUUGACAAACUGCGCAGCGAGCAGGUGGAGUUCCGCUUCAAUCUAUCCACCGUGGCAAGAACAGAGAAGAUCCUGACAGCGGAGCUCCAUCUUUUCAAGCUGCGACCUCAGGCCGCGCUGAUGUUCAACAGGCACCACUUCUGCCAGGUUAGCGUGUACCAGCUUGUGGACACCAGCAAAGGCAAUAACACGCACGAGAGGAAGCUGCUGUCUUCUCGACUCAUCCCAGUCCACUCCACUGGUUGGGAGGUGUUCACCAUCACUCAAGCUGUCCGCUCCUGGAUGGUGGACGAGGGAAGCAACUUGGGGCUCCACGUGGUGGUGCGGACCCUCGGAGGGAGCCAGAUGGACCUGAAACUGAUACGCUUUGCCUCGGGACGCAACCACCACCAGAGUAAGCAGCCCAUGCUGGUGCUGUUCACCGACGACGGACGCCGCUCUGCCGCACUGGAGAACACAGAUCCAGAUGGUAUGGACAUAACCUCCAGCUUGCCGCAAGCCCCUAUGCCCGCCCCGUCCUCCCGCCUCGCCCGCUCCGUGGACCACCUGGAGGAGGAAGGCGUGUCCAUGCCCUGCCAGCGCCUGCCGCUCUACGUGGACUUUGAGGAGAUCGGCUGGUCGGGCUGGAUCGUCUCGCCGCGGGGCUACAAUGCCUACCACUGCAAGGGCUCCUGCCCCUUCCCGCUGGGCCAAAACAUGCGGCCCACCAACCACGCCACCGUGCAGUCCAUCAUUAACGCCCUCAAGCUCAUCAAGGGCAUCGAGACGCCGUGCUGCGUGGCCGACAAGCUCUUCUCUAUCAACCUGCUCUACUUCGACGACGACGAGAACGUGGUGCUCAAGCAGUACAACGACAUGGUGGCGGGGAGCUGCGGCUGCCACUGAAAAACUGACGAGUGCUGUGGCAUUGUAAUAUAUGUAAAUAGCCAUAAAGUAUAAUAUAUGACAGCGAUGC